AUGGAUGAGGGUAAGAAGAAUAUCUACGAUGUCUACACACUGCAUUUGGUUCAGUGGCGUAGGGUACUUUUUGAGAACGUGUCAGGCAAGGUCAUGGAGGCGGUGCUGAAGCUUGUCGAGAAGCAACGUAACGGAGAGACGAUUGAGUAUGGCCAGAUCAAGCAGGUUGUCGAUUCCUUCGUAUCCCUUGGUCUCGACGACUCCGACCCUACCAAGUCGACUCUCGACGUCUACCGUUUCCACUUCGAACGCCCCUUCCUGGCUGCUACUAAGGAGUACUACCAGAACGAGUCGAAGCAGUUCGUUGCCGAGAACAGCGUCGUGGAGUACAUGAAGAAGGCGGAAACCCGGUUGCAGGAAGAGGAGGAGCGCGUUCGCAUGUACCUGCAUGCCGACAUCAUCAAUCCUUUGCGGAAGACAUGCAACCAGGCCCUCAUUGCCGACCAUUCAACGCUCUUACGCGACGAAUUCCAAGUCCUUCUGGACAACGACAGGGAGGAAGAUAUGGCUCGGAUGUACAAACUAUUGUCCAGGAUUCCCGAGGGCCUGGAUCCUCUCCGCCAGAGGUUUGAGACUCACGUCCGCAAGGCCGGUCUGGGUGCUGUUGAGAAGGUGGCCUCAGACGCUGAGAAGCUGGAGCCAAAGGUUUACGUCGAUGCAUUGCUGGAGAUCCACUCUCAAUACUCUGGCCUGGUGACUAGAGCCUUCGAGGGCGAGGCCGAGUUUACACGAUCCCUGGAUAAUGCCUGCCGAGAGUUUAUCAACAGAAACGAGGUCUGCAAAUCAGGUUCAAACAAGUCGCCAGAGCUCCUGGCCAAGUAUACCGACGUCUUACUCCGCAAAAGCAGCACUGGUAUCGAGGAAGCUGAGUUGGAAAACACUCUUACUCAGAUCAUGACGGUCUUCAAAUACAUUGAGGACAAGGACGUUUUCCAGAAGUUCUACUCACGCAUGCUCGCACGCAGACUGGUCCACAGCAACUCGUCGUCAGACGACGCAGAGACCAGCAUGAUCAGCAAGCUGAAAGAGGCUUGUGGUUUCGAGUACACAAACAAGCUCCAGAGAAUGUUCCAGGACAUGCAGACCUCCAAGGACCUGAACGUUAGCUUCAAGGAACAUGUAGCUGGUCUUGGUAUCACCAAGAACGCUCUCGACUCUCAAUACUCCAUUCUUGGUACCGGUUUCUGGCCAUUGACGGCACCAAACACCAGCUUUACCCCCCCUGCGGAGAUUAACGAGGAUUGCGAGCGCUUCGCUCGGUUCUACAAGAACAGACAUGAGGGGCGCAAGUUGACGUGGCUUUGGCAACUCUGCAAGGGCGAGCUCAAGGCAGGGUAUUGCAAGAACAGCAAGACACCGUACACUUUCCAGGUUUCAGUCUACCAAAUGGCCAUUUUGCUCAUGUUCAACGAUAAGGACAAGCACACCUACGAGGACAUUGCCGGCGUGACUUUGUUGAGUUCCGAGGUCCUUGAUCAGGCUCUGGCUAUCCUGCUUAAGGCCAAGGUGCUUAUCGCGUCCCCUGAGGGCAAACCCGAGCCUGGUAAGAGCUUCAGGCUGAACUACGACUUCAAGAGUAAAAAGAUCAGAGUCAAUCUGAACCUCGGAGGAGCCAAGGAGGCCAAGCAGGAAGAGGUGGAGACCAACAAGACGAUUGAGGAAGACCGCAAGCUUCUUUUGCAGUCCGCCAUUGUCCGUAUUAUGAAGGCGAGAAAGAAGAUGAAGCACACGCAGCUCGUCAGCGAGACCAUUAACCAGAUCCGUUCGCGAUUUGUACCAAAGGUCUCAGACAUCAAGAAGUGCAUAGAGAUUCUGCUCGACAAGGAAUACUUGGAACGACUCGAGGACGACGAGUUAGGGUACUUGGCGUAA